AGCCUUCCAAGAAUAGCUCUCAUUUCAUACAUUUUAAUCAGAAAUUAUCUGUUUUGUAUUGAAGCAUGCAAAAGAGUUUUAAAAAACAUUUACGUAACAGCUGAAAAUCAUAGAGAGCAGAAAACUAAUUAAUUUAAAAACCUAUUUUCGGUACUGCACACUUCUAAACAAACAUCUGCACAUUCAUUCGCCGCAGCUACGCAAUGCCGUUGACGCUCGUCAAAAUAAACAGAGAAUAAACUCGAGCAAGCGAAAGAGAGUGAGAGCAUUUGAAAAAUCCGUAUGCUUGACUCAGUUGUUGUCGAGCAAUCAAGCCGACCGGACAAGCCAAAUAGUGUGAUUGACGUAGUGUUUCGCGCCGCCGUUAACUGUGACUCACGGUAUUUUGACAUUUGACAUACCGGUACGAAUCCGCUUCAAGCAAAAUAAAAUGGCGAAUGCAAAUCCAAUUGAUAAGCGCGCUUUCUGGACGGAGUUUUUUGCGUUAUACGAAAGUUUGCCGGCAUUAUGGGACUUGAGUAAUCCAUUGUAUAAAGAUCGGCAAAGUAAGACGCAUGGCUAUGAGAUGUUGGUGAUGAAAAUGCGUGAAAUCGAUCCGCAUGCUUGUCGGGAAGAUGUUGUGCGCAAAAUAAACAUAUUUCGUACGAAUUACCGACGUGAAUGCACACGCAUUAAGGCGAGCAAUCAAAUGGGCAAACGUUAUAACACCUCGCUCUGGUACUUUCAUAUGCUGGACUUUUUGCAGAGUCAAGAGUUUCGUAAAGAGCGCAAAUGUGCGCCGAAUAGUGAAAAGAAAAUUUUGCGCCGUAAGGCAAGACAAUCAGAUAUUGAGAAAGUCAGGUCGCAACUCUUGGAAUCACCACACACAUCGCAAGACAGUUCCAGCGAAUACAAAGUGCAGCUGGACAAAUAUGAAUAUAUAUCUGAUAAUGGUAACGAAACAGAGGAGCAUUUAGAGGCGGUUCAGUAUUUAGAUGAGAAUUCCUUUCAGCAGCAAUUUCAGAAUCAAUUUCGUACACUUUCAUUUCCAAACCCAAAGCAAGAUCAUAUAAUAGCAACACAGGAUGAUGAGGAAAUAAAAACAAUUGGAGAUGCAGAAACUGAUGACUUCCAUGAAAUCAUCAACAUCGAUGAUUCAUCUCAUACAGCCGACGAUAUGUUAGAUAUAAAAACUGUCGUGAGUUGUAGUAACAAUGCGACGGCCGCAUCUAUAGCAACUACGUCACCAGAACUAUCAGAGCAACUCCAAACAAAUAGAAAAAUCAAAAGAACUCCAUUAACUAGUAUAGUUAAGGAAGAGGCGCGGGUACGUACGGAACAAUCAUCUCGUGCAAGUCUUGCUAUUAGUGAAUCUACAGAAAUAUUAGCCAAAUCGUGGGCAAUACAAUAUGAAGAAAUGUCUCAGGAGCAAAGAAUUUAUGCACGUAAGGCGAUCGCUGAAAUACUUUUUGAGGGUUGUCUUGGCAAUUUAGGACGUCAAAGAAAUGCUCAAACACAUACUGAUACUGCUGAGCCUGUGGUUUCGACACAAUACGAAAAGGAUGAGAUUAUGGAGGAUAGUGAAGUCACAGAGAAUAUAGCUGAGGAAACCUUGCUGCAUAUGGAUGAUGGCAAUCCCACUUAUGUAUACGCAGUCGGUGGUGAACAAAUGCAGCUACACGAAUACAUACACUGACUUUUAUAUAAGUAAAAGGUCAAAAGUGAAUCUUUGGUGUGGAUUUAAACAAGUCUCUACCGGUAUAUAUUCGGAAAACACGUCAAUCCUCAUCAAUCAUUCAGUGAAUUUCCUCUUUCAAUUACGUAUGACUGCAAUGUCAACAUCUGACACCUCUGGACGUGUUUAUUUGUCUUAAGCAAUAGGUAGUAAGCUGUGUUUAUUGUCUACAUUUGUUACUAGUUGUAAAUUUUUGUAUGUUAAAAACUUUAUUGAAAUAUAUUACUUUUUGUAUAAAAUUAUGGAAUUUAUAAAUUAUUUAACAAAGUUUUUCAUAAAGAUUAUGCUAUUAUAUUUCUUAUUUUAACAAGUUUCUCACCAUAAACUCAUGAAAAUAGCUGUGUUUCAAAUAGUGUAGCUGUGAGAACACAGGGAUGUUUCUAGUUUUGUUUACAAAUGCUAAAUCAGCUGUACGCUGAUUUUUUAGCGUAUUUUCGUUUACAUCUUGAAUAUGUAUUAAAAUAAUACAAACAAUAAAAUUAUAGUCUUUAAUUUAGUUAGUUCUAUAUGCAAAUAUUUCACAUUUUUUAAAACAAAUUCAUGGACAUAUCGUUAGACAAAGAUCCAAAAUAAUUAAUUCUCAUACAAGCAAUACGAAAAAAUAAAGUUUUGUGUGCCAUUCGGCAAAAAAGUUACCAAGAUGCAGACUAUGCCAAAGGAAUUGGGAAUCUGUUGCACUGAUAGCGAUCUGAAGAAAUCUUGGUAAGGUCUAAAUACGUCUUUUAUGACAUGUCCAAAAAUUACGGAAAAGCGCUUUAUAAAACCAUUUAUAAUGUUAAGUAAAGAUCAGGAAGAUAACGCUUUGAAUAUAAGCGAACCUAAACAAUCAGAUGCGCGUAAUAUUGCUCCCAUAACUAUUU